GCCGAAAACCCAAUUCAGAUCAAGCUGGCUGGGAGGCAGAACUUUCUAAUUGAGUUUUCUCUGUACCUUUUGAAAGAUAAUCUGAAUUGGAACGAAUCGUACCCAGAUUGGAAUAUGAUUUUCUUACAAUUCUGGUGGACUCUGAUGGUGCUGGGUGGUUCCAAGUUGCUCCCGGCCGACUCGGAGCCGUCGAGCAGCGAGAAGUUGCGCAGCUUCAAUCGGGCCGUGAAGGAGGCGCGCGGCAAGAUUCAGGAUCUCCACGGCCAGGAUCAGUACCGAAGACUGCCCAGGCACACCAUCGACGAUAUGCUGGCCAGCUUUGCCCAGACCAGCAGCGGAGAAUCGGAGGACAAUGCCAUGGCGGAGGCAGCCAACGCCUGGUAUCGGGACUUCCAGGCAGGCCACAAGAAAUCACAUACUGUCAGUAAACAGAGGGGCACGAACUACGAAAGUAACUACUUGAAGGAUAUGCAGAACACAGAGAUCGACAAGGUGAAGCAGAAGUACAAGGAUACUGCGGUGGAUCCCAUCAUUCCAGUGUUCGAGACCACCAUGGCUCCCUUUCAGUACGGUGGUAGCGGUCUCACCUACCUGGACAUCAAGCUGAAGCAGGCCCAGGACAUUCUAAACGAGCAUGAGAAGACUAGCAAAAGGGAUCCAUACCGGGUGAAGGAGUACCUCAAGAAGGCAGAACUCAACGACGAUCUACCGGAGUUUGAAAACAGGCCAGUGCCGGACGGGUUGUAUGAGCAAAAAUUGCUCCGGCUCGAUUCGCCUAAAUGGAGGCCCAACAAUUUGUUGCACGAGGCCAACUACAAGCUGUCUAAGAUCGAGCAGGAGGCCUCUGAGAACGCCCAACGGAAAAUUCCGCCCAAGAACAGGGGUUUGAAGAAGCGCAGCUCCUAUCACGGCUUCAAUCCAAUGAACGAGAUCAAGUUAAAGACGAGCAACCGCCUCAUGCUCAAGGGAAUGGGACCCUCGCUGCCGAGCAAUGCGCUGGUGGAGAGCCAGCAUGCCCAUCUCGUGGACGAACUGAUAAAUCGCCGGGAGCCGAAAAUGAGACGGGAGCAGGAGCAGCAGCAGGAUCCAGAUCUGUAUUUUGAUCAUUAUCAGGAACAGAAUCAAGAGGGAUACAUGAGCGAUGAUGGUGAACGGCGGCAGCAGUACGAUGGCCUCAGUCCGAUGACCAACAAAAUGAGGCAGUCUCCGGAGGUUGUAUCCUCCGGUGGCCACAACAUGUUGGAUCUGCCCCAGAGCUACGACUAUCGCCUGCCCCCGUACGAUCGCUUCCAUGCUCUCAGCCAGCGGCAGAUGCCCAACAUGGUCGACUACUUGCGCCCCAAUCGCAGGUCCGUUGGGGACCCGGGACGCUACAAGCGGGAGUAUACCUUAAAUAUGGAACUAACUAAGGCCGAACCAAGUGAACCAAAAGUCGAAGAACAACAGGAUGUCAAAGUGGAGCCGGAUAAAGCUACUGCUUUCGAAAAGGUGCAAGUCGAGGCUGAAGCAAAGUCACUGAAAGUGGGAACGGACAUUGAGGUUAAGCCUACGGAACCAAUAGAGCUGAAAGAUGAUGCUGUAUCUGUAUCUGAGGCGGACAUUUCAACAAAGCCGGAGGUGGGCGAAAGUGCUCAGGACUCUGCUGUUAAGGUGGAAAGCAUUGAGGCCAAGACAAGGCUAGAAACAGAUGCCAAAAUAGCACGAGGUACUCCCCAUUUGCCCAAUCCCGAUGCAGUGGUCAAACUUCUGGCCAAUGAGCUGUCGCAUUUUAGUGGCGACAAAGAUCGCAACAAGCGGCACAUCCAAAGCCUACGUCGUCGCUGGUUUCCCAGGAAAAACCGGCGCUCCAAACGGUCCAUCGGAGAAGAGCAGCAGCCCCCGGAAUGCCCCGAGAGAACCAAGAGCAUGGCUGCUCCUCUGCUGGACGACCUGGAGGACUACAAUGGGAAUCACUUGCAUUUUGGAGACCUUGGAAGUGGCCUUCUUAUGCCCGAUGUCGAGGAAGAGAUCGAUUUUUACGGAGAGGACGAGGCCAGUCUCUAUGAUGCUUCUAGCGUUCAGGUGCCCAUGAUGAAUCAGCGAGCUAAUGGAGUCUACCAGUUAACGCAGCAGCCUCUGCAGAUACCACAGCAACAGCAGCCGCAGCAGCUGCCGCUGCAGCAGCAGCAGCAGCAGCAACAACAGCAGCAACAGCAGCAGCAACAGCAGCCGCAACAGCUACAGCAACCCUCCAAUUUCAAGGCCAGCUUCAAUUUGACUAACUUUUUUAAUGAGCUUCAGAAGCUGCAAAAGAAUCGUCCGCUUCAGCUGCAAGAGAAUCGUCCAGCGCAGCAGCAGCAACAAGAACAACUGCAGCAGCAACAGCAGCAGUCACCGAUUCAGCAUCAAUAUCUGCCACAAAAGCAACACUUUCCACAGAAGCUAUAUCUGCCAAAACAGCAAUACCUGCCACCUCAGCAACAGGCACCUCUAAAGACCCAGCAAAAGCAGCUGAUAGCGCCGCCGCUAAUGAAGCAAUCCGCAGUCCAUCGAUACUUUGGUCCUUUCUUUAACAAGCAGGUCAAGAACAACAUGUUGUCCACAGUGGAUCCAUGCAUUACACAAGUUGAACCACUGACGCGGCCCUCAGUGUCCAUAACCAUUGAUCCCAAUUGCAUAUCAAUUACAACGCCCGUCCCCAACAUGAUGACGGAGUCGACUACACCAGGGUUUGGUGGAAACAAAACGAGUAUUCCAUCCAUGACGAAUACUACCGAUACGUCAACGAAUGCAACGGACUCAGGAGGGGCUGAUCAGGGUAAAACUUCUGGACCUGCUGUGCCGACCGGCGAUGUCUGCUAUAAACCAGAUGCCCUUAGGUUGUCCAUCAACGCGAACGUGUGCGGGGAUCCAAAGACAAAACAGUUCUAUGGCAACGGAUCAAUCAACAUGCAGCCAGCCUUCGAUCAGAUGAACACCGACUUGAUUCUUGAUUGGGCGGAUUCGGCGGAUUCGGCGGAUUCGGCAGAGCACGGGAGUGACGAUACUUUAAUGCAGAAUGAUGAUCGAUAUGCACGCGAAGCGGGUAGAAAUUGGAGGGAUAAUACCGGCCACAGAAGGAAUAAUAGGUGGGGCAAAGAGAAGUCCAAGGGGAAAAAGGAGUACAAGCCAGAAUCGAGCAAAUGUAGUGGAAAUGCCGAAUCCUGUGAUGACAGCUUGGAGAAGCUUAUAACUGGCAAAACGUCGGAGGACAUUGUGUCGGCCGUGCUUGAGGCAGUCAGCAAUGAUCCGGGCAUGGAUCGUCUGUUGGCCGAGCUGGAGCGCAAUCGCAAGGGCUCCCUCAAGAAGACCAAAAACUUCUAUCAGAUCCGGAAUGACAAAAACGAUCAGUACCUGCAUCAGACGGAGACCAUGGUGCGGGAGACCAUGGCGGCCAUUAGCGACAUCAUCGACAAGCAGGUGCGGGUUCGGUCCUGCAUUCCCCUGCGCCCAGACCUGAGUGUGUUCUACGACCUCAUCCUGAAGACUAUGGAUGAGCAGAAGAAGUGCCGCGAGAAGCGAGAGAACGCGCUGAGUGGUCUGGCCGACGACUUCAACCAGGAUGUGGGUUUACUCGAUAGCGACAAGAUUGAUUUCGGGUCGCGCAUCGUCAAGAAACUUCUGCGUCAGUACGAGGAGCUUCCACUGGCAGAUCAGCGUUCGGCGGCCAAUGUCCGAGAUGAACUUCUCAUGGACCUCAUGUACCUCCGCAAAAUGGCAGACUCCGUGGAGCGCAGGCAGCGAAAUGCCAAGCUGCAAGAGGUGCUGCGGCAGACCAGCAUGAACAACGUCAUGCAGGCGCGCAUCUCCAGCGAGUACUCGCCUCGAUUCAUCAAGCUGGUGAAGACCGCAGAGCUCUUCAAGGAGGCGGGCGAGCAGCAGCCUAGGGCCUUUGUGGGACUCUAAGGUGGUUAUUUUUUUAUUUGUUUAUUUUUUCGUUGAGUUU